GCGAGCCAGGGCAACAUGAAGCUGCUCGUCUUUUUAAGUUUAAUGCUUCUGGUCCCCGUUUUUGUUAUUGGACAAACAACGACAACGGCGACAACAGCGACACCAGCGACACCAGCGACUCCAACGACACCAGCGACUCCAACGACACCAACGACACCAACGACUCCAACAACGCCAACGACACCAGUGACUCCAGCUACUGCUUCAGUUCCCACUACAGCAGACCCUGACUAUUGUCAAGGAAAACCUGACUUCAUUGAAUGUUCGCUACCCUGCAAUGCAAAAAGCAAGUGUUCUUGUAAGGAUAACAAGUCGUUUUGUAGGUGUAACAGCGAUAAAGACCAAUGGUUUAUGGGUGACAACUGUGAGCAGAAGUGGACCGUUGUGACUUUCGCCCUGGUGGCGUCUCUACCGGGAUUGGCUCUCGCCGUCAUCGUCGGCGUCACAGUCCAGUUGGUCCAUUAUUUCAAUAAACCUGCCAAAGCACCGAAGGAUACGAAGGGGGCCAAACCCCACAACAAACAGCCACAAGGGAACCAUUACGUAGAUCCGAACAGUCAAGAUGGCGCGUAUUCUAACUUGGUUUUUGCUGGAGACAUGCCAAGUCGUGCCAAAGGUCCGUACGUGCAGCCCACUCAAGAGAGGCUCCCUAUGACCAACCGCCCAAGCGUGCCUUACAGCCCUCAGCCGAAUGUAAUGCACCCUCCCUUGGACCAGCCAACUCGACCCACUCCAGGAUAUCAGCCGUACAACCCUCAGCCAAAUGUGUCACAGCCCUCUUUUGAUAGGAACCCCAUGAUCAAUCCAGGAAAUCAGCCAUACAACAUUGCCACCGGCAUGACCCAGCUUAUAGGUAACGGACGUUCCCCAUCGGUCAGAAACCCCUACGAGGACAGAGCGCCACCCGUAGAUCGCUAUGACGACUACAGACCCUCCCAACCCGUCUCCAGGCAGAGCAGCAUGAUGGGAGGAGGUUAUCCUGGUCCGACCCUCCCUGCGCCUACCUACACUGCUCCAGACUACACCUCCAGGGCCCAGUUCCCCCGUGCCCAGAUGGGAAGGCCCAUGUAGGCCCACACUGGGGGACCUCUGCCACACCAAUGAACUAUUGAUCAAAUACGCUACAAUUGUUUUCACAGAUAUAUACCACUGAAACCA